GGCCUGGUGGCACCUACACUUGAGAUGGCUAAUGUUGUGUUGGGUGUUUGCUUGCUGUGUGCCAGGCUCUACCCCUCCCUGUGCUGUGGUGUUUCCUCUUUAUGGAGACAAUGUACAGAUAGAAAACUGCAGGAACCUUCUCUGCUGUACGCAGUAGAGACAAGAAUACGCAGUGGACACAGGAAUACGCAGUGGAGACAGGAAUACGCAGUGGACACAGGAAUACGCAGUGGACACAGGAAUAUGCAGUGGAGACAGGAAUAUGCAGUGGAGACAGGAAUACGCAGUGGACACAGGAAUACGCAGUGGACACAGGAAUACGCAGUGGAGACUGGAAUAUGCAGUGGAGACAGGAACACGCAGUGGAGACAGGAAUACGCAGUAGAGACAAGAAUACGCAGUGGACACAGGAAUACGCAGUGGACACAGGAAUACGCAGUGGAGACAGGAAUACGCAGUGGACACAGGAAUACGCAGUGGACACAGGAAUAUGCAGUGGAGACAGGAAUACGCAGUGGACACAGGAAUACGCAGUGGACACAGGAAUACGCAGUGGACACAGGAAUACGCAGUGGAGACAGGAAUAUGCAGUGGAGACAGGAAUACGCAGUGGACACAGGAAUACGCAGUGGACACAGGAAUACGCAGUGGAGACUGGAAUAUGCAGUGGAGACAGGAACACGCAGUGGAGACAGGAAUAUGCAGUGGAGACAGGAAUACGCAGUGGAGACAGGAAUACGCAGUGGACACAGGAAUACGCAGUGGAGACAGGAAUACGCAGUGGAGACAGGAACACGCAGUGGAGACAGGAACACGCAGUGGAGACAGGAAUACGCUGUGGAGACAGGAAUACACUGGGUCGGUUUGGACGUUGGUGCUGGGGAUUGAAGCAAGCCUUGAACGCGACCAGACAGUGCUGUAACUGAACUGCUUCUUCCCUGGGGCAGUGUUUCUUUCAGUUCCGAGGUUCUGCUCACCUGGUUUCUAAUUUAUGCAGAUAAAUCUCUGGGUCAAGCAUAAGUGUGCCUACAACUUUAGCCCUUGGAAGGGAAAGGCAGGGGAUUGGGAGUUUAACCCCAACCUGCACUGCGCAGUGAGACUCUAUCUCAAAAUAAUAAUAUUGCAGUUGGUAAUCGGGUCUGUGAAUCCAAAAUAGUCCUGAAAUAUCAUGUUUUAUCAGUCUCUUUUAUAAAAACCUAACAAUAUUACCAAAAAGCCAUUGGACUGUCUGGAGUACUGGAGUUGGGAGCAUUAGAAAAUGAGGAAACAGACAGUGGCUCUCUGCUGCUGCCUGUCUGAAGGUGUAGAAGGUCCUCCAUUGGUAGAGGUUUCAAGCAGAAGGCAGCAGUAUUGCCAUUCAUCU